AUGUCGUCUGAGAAAGAUUCCCAUCCAUCUGGAUGGGAAAAUCACGACACCCUCCCUGUGCCUCAGAUCAACCUCCGCGAAGCCAGCAGCUCUGAGACUCUCCAUACAACUGAGCCCUCUGCGAACCUCACCGCCGACAAGCCGCAAGAUGAGGAGUAUUGGAAGAGCCAUGAGACUCUGACGCUCCCUCAAACACCUACCACCCCGGCACCCGCAAAGAACAAGGAAUGGCAUAUGACACACCGUGUAGUUCGCAACGCCCAACGUGAUGAAGCAGCUGGAUUCAAACGCCGAGAGCUUGGAGUUACUUGGAAAAACCUCUCUGUUGAGGUUUUAGCUGCUGAAGCAGCGGUUAAGGAGAACAUGCUUUCCCAAUUCAACGUUCCUCAACUCGUCAAAGACUUCCGCCGGAAACCACCACUGAAAUCAAUCUUGUCUGAUAGCCAUGGCUGUAUCAAGCCGGGUGAAAUGCUUCUUGUGCUUGGAAGACCUGGCUCAGGAUGCACUACGCUUCUUAAGAUGCUUGCCAACCGUCGGGAAGGAUAUCAUAGCAUCAAAGGUGAUGUGCGAUUUGGAAAUAUGACAUCCGAAGAAGCACUUAACUACCACGGACAAAUCGUUAUGAAUACAGAGGAAGAGCUCUUUUACCCCCGUUUAACUGUCGGCCAGACCAUGGAUUUCGCCACACGAUUGAAGGUCCCUUUCCAUUUACCGGAAGGUGCUAAGAAAGAAGAUUAUAAUGCUGAGUCCAUGGAGUUCCUCCUGGAGUCCAUGGGGAUUUCCCAUACAGCCGAUACAAAAGUGGGCAACGAGUUCGUCCGCGGAGUAUCGGGUGGCGAGAGGAAACGAGUUUCGAUUAUUGAGUGCCUGGCCACGAAUGCCUCGGUGUAUUCCUGGGAUAAUAGCACACGCGGCUUGGAUGCUAGUACGGCGCUGGAAUGGGCAAAGGCUCUUCGCGCUAUGACCGAUGUCCUGGGUCUUUCUACUAUCGUCACCCUCUAUCAAGCCGGAAACGCGAUUUAUAAUUUGUUCGACAAAGUGCUUGUGUUGGAUGAAGGAAAGCAAAUUUACUACGGCCCUGCGGCAGGAGCAAAGCCAUUCAUGGAAGAUCUGGGUCUAAUGUAUACCGACGGAGCAAAUAUUGGUGACUUCCUCACUGGUGUGACUGUCCCGACCGAGCGAAAAGUGAAGGCAGGUUGGGAAAACCGAUUUCCUCGAUCGGCAGAUGCUAUCUUGACCGAGUACAAAAACUCUGCAACUUAUAAGAACGAGAUUUCUUCAUAUGACUACCCUGAUAGCGAUAUUGCCGUGCAGCGGACAGAAGCAUUUAAAGAGUCUGUCGCUUGGGAAAAGUCCAACCAUUUACCCAAGGGCAGCAAACUUACAACCAGCUUUUGGGCUCAACUCAUUCAUUGCACUCGACGGCAAUACCAGAUUCUGUGGGGUGAGAAAUCGACUUUCCUCAUCAAGCAGAUUUUGUCCUGUGUCAUGGCAUUGAUCGCUGGAUCUUGUUUCUAUAAUUCCCCGGAGACAUCGGCUGGUCUCUUCACCAAGGGAGGCGCUAUAUUUUUUUCACUUUUAUACAACUGCAUUGUUGCCAUGUCUGAAGUCACCGAGUCCUUCAAAGGUCGACCGAUUCUCAUCAAGCACAAGGGAUUUGCGAUGCAUCAUCCGGCUGCUUUUUGCUUGGCCCAGAUUACCGCAGACUUUCCGGUACUUCUGUUCCAAUGUACAAUCUUCUCGGUAGUGAUUUAUUGGAUGGUAGGACUUAAGCACACCGCGGCUGCGUUCUUUACCUUCUGGGCUAUCCUUUUCACGACAACAUUGGUUAUCACUGCUUUGUUCAGAUGCAUUGGUGCCGCGUUCAGCACCUUUGAAGCCGCUUCCAAGAUCUCCGGAACUGCAGUCAAGGGUAUCGUCAUGUACGCCGGUUAUAUGAUUCCGAAGCCGAAGAUCAAGAACUGGUUUGUCGAGCUGUACUACACCAAUCCAUUCGCCUAUGCAUUCCAAGCCGCCAUGUCCAACGAAUUUCACGAUCGUCAUAUUGACUGCGUUGGCCAAAAUCUGAUCCCGAGUGGUCCUGGCUACGAAAAUGUCGGAUCGGGGAACAGGGCUUGCACUGGUGUGAAUGGUGCCACUCAAGGCGCCGACUUUGUGACUGGUGAUCAAUAUCUCGGAUCCUUGCACUAUCACGCCUCACAGAUGUGGCGAAACUUUGGCGUUCUCUGGGGUUGGUGGGGAUUCUUUGCAGUCCUCACCGUCCUUUUCACCUGCUUCUGGAAGGGAGGUGCCAGCUCUGGGGCUUCUCUUCUCAUUCCCCGCGAGAGUCUGAAAAAGCACCAAGCCCACAACGACGAGGAAGCACAAGGUGCGGAAAAGACCACUCCCCGUACGACCACAGAUGAGCCUGUCGAAGUCGAUGACGAAAAUCUGGUUCGAAACACGUCAAUCUUCACCUGGAGAAAUCUCACCUACACCGUCAAAACACCCACCGGAGAUCGUGUCCUGCUGGAUAACAUCAAUGGAUGGGUGAAGCCUGGCAUGCUCGGUGCUCUCAUGGGUUCCUCAGGCGCAGGAAAAACCACUCUUCUCGACGUGCUCGCCCAACGCAAAACGGAGGGUACAAUCAAGGGCUCUAUUCUCGUCGAUGGCAGACCUUUACCAGUGUCAUUUCAACGCAUGGCAGGUUAUUGCGAGCAAUUAGAUGUUCACGAACCAUAUGCGACCGUGAGAGAGGCCUUGCAAUUUUCUGCUUUACUGCGUCAAUCUCGCGACACUCCCAAGGAAGAAAAGCUCCGAUAUGUCGAGACUAUUAUUGAUCUUCUCGAGCUCCAUGAUCUCGCUGAUACUCUGAUCGGAAGCAUUGGCAAUGGACUCAGUGUUGAACAAAGAAAGCGCGUUACUAUCGGAGUGGAAUUGGUUUCAAAGCCUAGCAUUCUCAUCUUUUUGGACGAACCUACAUCUGGAUUGGACGGUCAAUCGGCUUACAAUACUGUUCGCUUCCUCAGAAAGCUUGCUGAUGUUGGUCAAGCCGUUCUUGUGACCAUCCAUCAGCCUUCUGCACAACUCUUUGCCCAGUUUGACACUCUGCUUCUCCUUGCACGCGGCGGCAAAACGGUCUAUUUCGGGGAUAUUGGCGAUAAUGCGGCCACGAUCAAGCAUUAUUUUGGCCAAUACGGCGCCGAAUGCCCUACAGAAGCCAAUCCUGCUGAAUUCAUGAUCGAUGUGGUCACUGGUGGCAUCGACGCCGUCAAGGACAAGGACUGGCAUCAAAUCUGGCUCGAAUCCCCCGAACAAAACGCAAUGAUCACGGAAUUAGACAAAAUGGUCGAUGACGCCGCAAAUAAGCCACCCGGAACAGUGUCCGACGGCUAUGAAUUCUCUAUGCCUCUAUGGGAACAAGUCAAAAUCGUUACCAGUCGCAUGAACGUCGCGCUCUUCCGAAACACCAACUACGUGAAUAACAAAUUUUCCCUCCACAUCAUUUCCGCGCUCUUGAACGGGUUCUCAUUUUGGCGACCGGGCCCCAGCGUGACAGCCCUCAAUCUUAAAAUGUUCACGAUUUUCAACUUCGUUUUCGUUGCCCCGGGUGUCAUCAACCAGCUUCAACCACUCUUCAUCCAACGACGUGAUAUAUACGACGCCCGUGAAAAGAAAUCAAAGAUGUACUCCUGGGUUGCCUUCGUGACAGGUCUGAUUGUGUCGGAAUUCCCCUACCUCUGCAUCUGCGCCUCUGGCGACUCCCCCCGCGACUCUAACCGAUCCGGCGCGACCUUUUUCAUGAUGUUGAUUUACGAGUUCAUCUACACCGGUAUUGGACAAUUCGUCGCCGCGUAUGCGCCUAAUCCGACGUUCGCAGCCCUUGUCAACCCUCUUAUCAUCAGUAUCCUGGUUCUUUUCUGCGGUGUAUUCGUUCCUUACACCCAGCUCAACGUGUUCUGGAAGUACUGGAUGUAUUAUCUGAACCCGUUCAACUAUGUCGUCUCCGGAAUGUUGACCUUUGGUCUCUGGGGCGCGAAGGUUACUUGCAACGAGGAGGAGUUCGCCGUGUUCGAUCCGACCAAUGGGACAUGCGCUGAGUAUCUUUCCGAUUAUAUCGCUGGUGAUGGCUGGAGAAUCAACUUGGUAAAUCCGAAUGCCACUGCCGCCUGCAAGGUGUGCGAAUAUACGGACGGAAGUGAUUUCCUGUCUACCCUGAACAUCAAUCACUAUUACUAUGGUUGGAGAGAUAUUGGAAUCUCGGUGAUCUUUGCCAUCAGUGGGUAUGCCCUUGUCUUUGGGCUCAUGAAGCUGCGGACGAAGGCAUCCAAAAAGGCAGAGUGA